CAUCCUUCGCGCUCCGCCCCGCCCCGCGCCCCGGCCUGGGCGGGCCUGGGAAGCACGUUUGCGGCGCGUUGCAUCAGCUGCCGGGGCCUGCGCGACUGAAGCCAGCCCGGUUGAGUUCGCUGGCUGCCGCUGCUAUUGGGCUCCUCGCCGCUUCGGAGGGAAGAACCGGCUCAGCCUGUGCAAGGAAGGAAGGAAGGAAGAUGGAGACGGCGGCAGAUGAACAGAUCAUUGCUGGGGGAGAGAAGAAGAAAGAACCAGGAAAGAAGAAGAACAAGGAGGGAACUGGUGAUGGUGGGUGCUUGGAGCUGAGUCAGUUGCCUGACUACAUCAACCCGCGACUAGAAAUGUAUCAUAAACUGAAAGCAGAACAUGACGCGCUUAUGGCAGAACGAGCUGCUAAAGAAAGCCGACCCAUUAAAGUUACCUUACCUGACGGCAAGCAAGUUGAUGCUGAAUCCUGGAAGACAACGCCAUACCAAAUUGCCUGUGGAAUCAGUCAAGGUUUGGCCGACAACACUGUUAUUGCUCGAGUGAACAAAAUGGUUUGGGAUCUAGAUCGUCCUUUGGAGGCAGACUGCUCCUUGGAACUGCUAAAGUUUGAUGAGGAUGAAGCAAAAGCGGUGUAUUGGCACUCAAGUGCCCAUAUAAUGGGUGAAGCCAUGGAAAAAGUAUAUGGUGGCUGCUUGUGUUAUGGCCCGCCGAUAGAGAAUGGGUUUUAUUAUGACAUGUUCCUUGAAGAUGGGGGUGUCUCUAGCAAUGACUUUCCUGGUCUAGAAGCAUUAUGCAAGAAAAUUAUGAAAGAGAAGCAACCCUUUGAGCGACUGGAAAUUAAGAAGGAAACCUUGCUUGAAAUGUUUAAGUACAAUAAGUUCAAGUGUCGGAUCUUGAAUGAAAAAGUCAACACUCCAACUACUACUGUAUACAGGUGUGGCCCUUUGAUCGAUCUCUGCAGAGGACCUCAUGUCAGGCAUACUGGUAAAAUAAAGGCAUUAAAAAUACAUAAGAAUUCCUCUACAUAUUGGGAAGGGAAGUCUGAUAUGGAAAGCCUGCAGAGAAUUUAUGGAAUUUCAUUCCCAGAUCCAAAAAUGCUGAAAGAAUGGGAGAAGUUCCAAGAGGAGGCGAAAAACAGAGACCACAGAAAAAUUGGGCGGGAUCAAGAACUGUUUUUCUUCCAUGAACUCAGUCCUGGGAGCUGUUUUUUCUUACCAAAAGGAGCAUACAUCUAUAAUACGCUGAUAGCAUUUAUUCGGAGUGAAUACCGAAAGCGAGGAUUCCAGGAAGUUGUGACACCAAACGUCUACAACAGCAAGCUCUGGGUGACUUCAGGGCACUGGCAGCAUUACAGUGACAACAUGUUUUCCUUUGAGGUGGAAAAAGAGAUCUUUGCUCUGAAGCCGAUGAACUGCCCUGGACAUUGCCUCAUGUUUGAUCACCGGCCCAGAUCCUGGAGGGAGCUGCCACUGCGACUGGCUGACUUUGGCGUUCUCCACCGCAACGAGCUGUCAGGAACGCUGACAGGCCUCACCAGAGUGAGGCGCUUCCAGCAGGACGACGCUCACAUCUUCUGUGCCAUGGAGCAGAUUGAAGGGGAGAUAAAGAGCUGUCUGGAGUUCUUGCGUGCCGUAUAUGACGUGUUCGGCUUCUCCUUCAAACUCAAUCUCUCCACCCGUCCUGAAAAAUACCUUGGAGACAUUGAAGUGUGGAAUCAAGCUGAAAAGCAACUUGAAAAUAGCCUGAAUGAAUUUGGUGAGAAGUGGGAACUGAACCCCGGAGACGGAGCUUUCUAUGGGCCAAAGAUUGACAUUCAGAUUAAAGACGCCAUUGGCCGGUACCAUCAGUGUGCUACAAUCCAGUUGGAUUUCCAGCUGCCAAUAAGAUUCAAUCUCACCUAUGUGAGUCAUGAUGGCACUGACAAGAAACGGCCAGUGAUUAUCCACCGUGCUAUCUUGGGAUCUGUGGAGAGGAUGAUUGCUAUCCUGACAGAAAACUAUGGAGGCAAAUGGCCGCUCUGGUUAUCUCCUCAGCAGGUGAUGGUGGUGCCAGUUGGACCAACACUUGAUGAAUAUGCCCAAAAGGUGAAGCAGCAGUUCCAUGAUGUUGGCUUAAUGGCAGACGUUGAUGUGGACGCUGGUUGCACCCUGAACAAGAAGAUAAGAAAUGCUCAGCUUGCACAGUACAACUUCAUUUUGGUUGUUGGUGAAAAGGAAAAGGCCAGUGGGACAGUGAACAUCCGCACCAGAGACAACAAAGUGCAUGGUGAACGCACCGUGGCUGAGACGGUGGAGAGGCUGCUGCAGCUGAAGGACUUGCGCUGCAAAAACGCUGAAGAAGAAUUUUAGCCAAGCCCUCCUUUUCCACAUUUUUUCCCUUCCCCCAUAGCAGUUAACCUUUCUGGAUUUAGCAAUGUUUGCUCUGUACUGUAUUUGAUAAGAGAUCUUUGUCAAAAGAACCAAAACACCCACUUGCUUUCGUAUGUUCAGAAAUUAAGUUUGUAAGUCCAUUUUGUAUAAAUGUGGGCAACUGCCUUGAUUAGCCUCUGCAAACUCCCAAGUCUGUGGAGCUUGAAGAAGCUAAAACUGAAAGGGACAAUGGAUUAAUCAGGGAUUAAAAUGCCACUGGUAGCAACCCUCUGAUAAUUUAUCCUCUUCGUGAAAUAAAUUUGUAUUUCAGCAAGAUUGAGUAAAAUGGUGUGCUUCUUGAA